AUGAGGAAUAUGAGCACAUCAAUGAUCAUGUUUCAAACAAAAUGCCAUCAAAAGGUUCACAACACUUCAUCACUGAAUUGGGAUGUGUCAUGGGCUGACUUCACUUUAGAGAAUUUCCAAUCACAACAUAAUGACCUAAAAGAUGCUAUCAUUAAGAAUGCAUCGGUGGGAUUCGAAUAUGAAGAUGGAGAUUUAGCAAGAGAAUGCAUAACUAAGCAAUUGAUUUCUCAGUUCAAGAAUUAUAAGCAUAAAUUGCAUAAAUUUUACAAGGAACAUGGAUCUAAGGAAGAGGCAUUGAUGAAUGUCCCAACUGGAAUGGAUGCUCAUAACUGGGAUGAAAUCUGCAAUAAAUUUGACAGUGAUUCCUACAAGAAACUAUGUACAAGAAACAAGGCUAAUUGUGCACAUCUUACCAUCGCAAAUGCUAAUGGAACCAAAUCUAUUGCUAGAAUGAUAGAAGAAAUGAAGCGAAAUGAAAAUGAAGAUGUAGACUCCAUUGGUGCUUAUAAGCUGGGUCACUACAAUAUGAAAAAAGGUGCUUGGGUUAGUGAGGCAGCUGAAAAAAAACAGGCUGAAUUGAUUCGAGUGAAAGACGCUACUGGUAAGACCCCAGCUGCAAUUUGUGAACAAGUACUUAAAGGUAUUCCCGGUCAGGCACGUGGACGGUCUGUACCGAAGAAGCGAGUUAUAGCUCUAGAAAAAAGUCGGUAUGAGAUUGAGAAGGAAAAGGAAAGAGCUAAUGAACCAGAGAGAAGCAGAGAUCUAUUAGCUGAAGAGGUUGCUGCUUCUAAAGAGGAAUACAAGAAACUUGAGGAGCUUCAGAGGCUCUUCGAUGAGAGCGUCGCCGCAAUGCAAAGGAAACUUGAUAAACUCAUGGAAUUCAUGCCAAGUCAAAAUGUAAGUUUUUGA